GACUGGUUAUGAGUGUGUACAUUUAUCUAAUCGGAUUUUACAAGAUGGCCAUCAUCCUAACAACAAACACUAUGGGCUUGUUGACGAUGCUCUGCGUUGGCUGCUUGACCAUUUAUUCUGCUGCAACCCAGUGCCAGGGCAACCAACACUGUUCAGAGUGUGACAACAUAACAGGACACUGCAUGAGUGAUUGUGACCCUGGAUACUAUGAUCAGAAAUGCAUGUCUGUGUGCAGCGAUAACUGCAGACACAACACGUGUAUAAUGUCCAACACUGGCAAUGAUUAUUGCACUGAUGGAUGUGUCCCAGGGUAUCAAGGUCCGGAGUGUGGCAAGCCAUGUUACAACCCAGGAGGUAACUGUACUGCGUGUCCAGGUGAGUGUGAUGGAGGAUAUUGUCAGCUGGGAUCCUCCUGUGUGUCUGGGUGUGUAGAGUCCUACUACGGGACUGGAUGUCAGAACUGUUCAAGUGGAUGCAUGACCUGCAACAGGAAGACAGGAACAUGUGAUGAAAAACCGGCAACCCAAUGCCAUGACAUCCAACACUGUUCAGAGUGUGACAACAUAACAGGACACUGCAUCACAGGCUGUGAAGUUGGGUACUACGAUCAGAAAUGCAUGUCUGUGUGCAGCGAUAACUGCAGAAAUAACACAUGCAUAAGUUCCAACACUGGCAAUGGCAAUUGCACUGAGGGGUGUGUCCCAGGGUAUCAAGGUCCGGGGUGUGGCAAGCCAUGUUACAGUCCAGGAGGUAACUGUACAGCAUGUCCAGGUGGUUGUGAUGGAGGAUAUUGUCAGCUGGGCUCCUCCUGCUAUUCUGGAUGUGAAGACUCCUACUACGGGACUGGAUGUAAGAACUGUUCAAGUGGGUGUACGCCGUGCAACAGGACGACAGGAUCAUGUGAUGACAAACCGGGUAGGUAUGAGGUGAGGUGAAAUGGGGUUUAACGUCGCGUCCAAGAUUAUUGCAC